AUGGUUCCACCCGUAUAUGAUCCUGAAGCUAAAAUUUAUACUUGUCGAAUUUGUAACACGAAUUUUAAAGAUCAAGCUAGUUACGAAACACACGAAAAGCUGCAUCAUAAAAAUUUAAAAAAACGACCAUUAAAUAAAAGUGAAUUGGAAAGAAAAAUCCUUGAUCAUAAAAAAUUGGGUCCUAUAAAGGACAUCCCGCCUGCUGUAAUACAACAAGAAGUUUAUACAUGUCAACAUAUGAUGAAAUUGAAAGAAGUUUGUGGCAAGUCCUUUGGCGACGAAUGGGAUUAUAAAAAUCAUUUUCGUGAAUCACAUUUAUUAAUUGUAUGUGAGCACUGCGGAGACGAACACUUACUCCAUUCCCAUUAUCUGCAUUUGAAAACAAUUGAUUGCAUACGAAUCCGUAACUCAAAAAACAAUUAUGAUGUUUUCAAUGAUAAAUACAAAGAUGCUAAUACUACUUUUGAAUCGCCUUUAAAUUUAAUCAAUUUUGAUAUAUUUCAACAAUUUAUUGAUAAAUUCAAAAUUCCAAAAAUGUCAAAACCCACAGAAAUUAAUAAUCCUCACAUGAAUGAUGAAAAUGGAGAUUCGAAUAAAUGUGCAAAUUGUAAGUUGUCAUUCUCAGGACAAUUUGGUGUGAUCCUCCAUUUGUUCAAAAGUCCUGUGUGUAUGUUGAACUAUAUUUUUGAUAUUGAAAAAUUAAAUGAAUUAUUUGAUCCACUUCUUAAUAACAUAACUUUAAAGGAUGCUUUGAGCAAAAGCAUUUUAAAAACUCCAGGUGUUCUUUGUGAACUUUGUCUCAAACAAGGUUUAGAAAAUUGGAUUGACUGUCCCGAUAGCCAUUUGUCUCAUUUAAGGAAAGAUCAUAAUUUGAAUCAAUCUUCACAACAAAAUCAUUAUUUAACUCUGGAUUAUAGCACAAUAAAGUACUGCUGUUGGUUUUGUAAAAAAGAUAUUGACAAUCAUAAUAAAUUAAAAUCUCAUCUAAAUGAGUGCACCAUGAUGAAACUAUAUAAGUGUCCAAACUGUAAAACACCAUACUGUACUCAAAAAUAUAUAAAUUCCAAUGAACAUAAAAGCAUAUGUAAAGGGAUUCUCCAAGAAAAAUUGGCAUUCAAGAAAAGGAUCACAUGGUUUGGCUUGUUGUGUUUAUCGACCAUCUUGAAUUCAAAUAAUGCAAGUAAUGAAAUGAAAGAGUGGGUUGUUAAAAAAUUAAAGAUAUAUGAGAAUCAAAAAUUCGAACAUUCUAUUGACUCAAAAGGAACAUUUACGGAAAAAAUGCCAAAGCCAAAUUAUUUCUAUGAACGUAAAAGUUCCACAAAAUCAAAUGGUAGUUCAUUCAAAAUCGUCAGUCAAAACAUUAAUAAUCGUAAUAAACAAGAUACAAUCAAUCAUUUGAUAGAUGGUGAAACAACCAUCUUGGCUUUUCAAGAACUUUGGUUACCACAUACUAACCCCAUUUCAAAUAUAGAUGACUUUGAGUCUUAUAGAUCAAGUUUAGAAUCUCAGGUAGUUACUUUUGUGCGUAAGGCCUGGACUAAAUAUGUGAGUGAACACGGGGAAAUCAACAAGCGUCUUCCAGCCGAAUACAAAGAUUAUGUUUACGAUGUGGAAUUCAAGACUGAAAGUAUGAAGUUUAUCUUGAUCAAUAUUUAUGGCAAAAUAGGAAAACAGAUAGAAAUAUUAAAGGCAUUGAGGAAAGCAUUAGAUGAUUAUACAACCACUCGAAAAAGGAACAAGAAAUUUGAAUUAAAAUACAUAUUUGUUGGUGAUCUCAAUAUGAUCAGGGGUGCAAAUGAUACAUUAUUCAAAUCAAGAUUAAAAUCAACACACAUAGAUGCAUUGGAUCGUAUGUUGGAGAAAUAUAAUUGUUGUGAUCUACAACGAAUUAUUGACAAGGAUGGAGUUUUAGUAUCAAAUAUUGGAGCUGCUACAUCCCGUAGACUUGAUUAUAUCUUCAUCGAUCGAGAAUAUGUGAAUAACGUCAUCCGACUAGAGUCAAAAUUCAAACAUAUUGGCACACAUCUUUGCUUGACUUGUACUAUGAGUCUCAAUGCAAGUAAUGAUAAUUUUAUAUCUAAUAAUCAUGAUUUUGAAAUUCAAGACAUGAUUGAUGUAUAUACCCAAAUUCGUGCUGGUGCGAGUUGGGAUUCAGUUAUGUCGUCGAUAAAGGAGUCAUUUUCGGACUCAGUGGAUAUUUCAUCAAUUAAAAAUAUUUUGUCUCAAAAGUCGAAGGAGCUUCUGGAUUUGAUUACAAAUAUGGGUGUAAAUAAUUUUACAAAUACUGAAAUUAAUGUUGGAACUGGUGCUUUUGGUAAUUCGGUUCAAGAGGAAGCUUUAGUUGAAGAGGAAAUUGUGGUUGAUGAAGAUGAAGAGGAAGAUUUGCAAAUAAUUCGACGCAAAGAAGCUGAAGAUAAUAAAGUAGAUACUGAUAAUGUUACACAAUUGGAUGAUUUAACAGCUCAAUUUGAGAAAUUGCUUAUUGAUGAAGAGGAGUCAUUUAUGGAAUGUGAUGAUUCUGAAGUUUAUAAAAUAAAACUUAAUCCAUUAUACAUUAGUAUGAUGUUUAUUGAAACUUCGAGUGGUUCAGAAAGCAUUGAAAUUGACAGUAAUUCUGACGGCGAAUCCGAUGAUAAAAUUGGAAUCAAAAGAAGAAUCCCAUUACAAGAGAUCAAAAAUGAUGCAAACACUGAAGAAAGAAGAAAUAAGAAAUCCAAAACUAAAUAA